GCGCCGCGGGGCGGGGAGCGAGGGCGGCGGAGGGAUCGCGGAUCCGGAGCCCGGCGCGGCCGUAACGGCCCCUCGGUGUCCCGUCAUGGCGGGGGCCGGCGCCAGCAGCAGGGACAAGCGGGCCACGGCGGCGCGGCUGAAGGCGGCGCUGGGCGGCGAGAGCGGCGCGGCGGCGGCGGCGAAGCUGCGGGCGCUGCUGGAGCGGGUGCUGGCCCCGGCGGCGGGCCCUGGCGGCGGCGAGGCGGCGGGCGAGGCGCUGGAGUGGUGCCGUUGCCUGCUGUCGGGCGGGGAGCCCUGGGACAGCUUCGUGCAAGCCGUGCGGGCCUACGACCCCGCCACGCUCUGCGGCCUGGUUUGGACCGCCAACUUCGUGGCCUACCGGUGCCGGACGUGCGGGAUCUCGCCUUGCAUGAGCCUGUGCGCCGAGUGCUUCCACCAGGGCGAGCACGCCGGGCACGACUACAACAUGUUCCGGAGCCAGGCGGGGGGCGCCUGCGACUGCGGCGACAGCAACGUCAUGCGGGAGGCCGGGUUUUGUAAAAGACACCGGAUUAAAUCAAAUUCAAAUGUUCCAUGUGUUCCGAAAGACUUGUUGAUGAUGUCAGAAUUAGUUCUUCCACAGUUCAUCUUUAGUCUGAUUCAGCAUUUAAGAGAGGGAUAUAAUGAGCCUGCUCUUGAUCUGCCGUCAGAAAAAGACCUUCAUAAAAUUCUCCAGGUUUUGGAGCCUCACGUUUCCUUCCUAGAAGACUUGACCAAAAUGGGAGGUGCAAUGAGAUCAGUUCUUACCCAGGUUUUAACUAGCCAACAGUUCUACAAAGAUCUUAGCUCUGGUGUUGGAGAGAAUGCAUGUGCAAAGAAAAGUCAUGAAAAGUACCUCAUUGCUUUGAAAGGCUCUGGGUUGGCAUUUCCUGAGGAUAAAAUUGCAUGUAACAUGCAGGAACAAGGAGCUGGAACUAGCACAUUAUCUGUUCAAGGUUUGGCAGGUGGUACAGCAACAUCAGGACAAGGGGAUUCUUCAGAUGAGGAGGACCAGGAUGGUAGCCAAGGUGUGGGAAAGCGCAAGAGGGUGAAACUAAGCAGCACCACCAAAGAUCAGUCUAUCAUGGAUGUUUUGAAGCAUAAAUGUUUUCUAGAAGAAUUAUUAUUUUGGACAAUAAAAUAUGAGUUUCCACAGAAGAUGGUGACAUUCUUACUCAACAUGCUACCAGAUCAAGAUUAUAAGAUUGCUUUUACAAAAACAUUUGUUCAGCAUUAUGCUUUUAUUAUGAAAACACUGAAGAAAAGCCAUGAAUCAGACACCAUGUCUAAUAGAAUUGUGCAUAUCAGUGUUCAGUUGUUCAGCAAUGAAGAACUAGCACGCCAAGUAACAGAAGAAUGCCAACUGCUGGAUAUUAUGGUCACUGUUCUGUUGUACAUGAUGGAAAGCUGCCUUAUUAAAAGUGAAUUGCAAGAUGAAGAGAAUAGUUUACAUGUUGUGGUGAAUUGCGGGGAAGCACUACUGAAGAAUAAUACUUACUGGCCCCUAGUUAGUGAUUUUAUAAACAUACUUUCACACCAAAGUGUGGCAAAGAAAUUUUUGGAAGAUCAUGGUCUUUUGGUAACAUGGAUGAAUUUUGUAUCAUUUUUUCAAGGUAUGAAUUUAAAUAAACGGGAGUUAAACGAGCACGUGGAGUUUGAAUCACAGACAUACUAUGCUGCCUUUGCUGCUGAGCUGGAAGCCUGUGCCCAGCCAAUGUGGGGUCUGCUGUCACACUGCAAAGUUAGGGAAACACAAGAAUACACACGCAAUGUUGUCAGAUACUGCCUUGAAGCACUUCAAGACUGGUUUGAUGCUAUCAACUUUGUAGAUGAGCCAGCACCUAACCAAGUUACUUUUCAUUUGCCACUGCACCGUUACUUUGCCAUGUUUUUAAGUAAGGCUGUUAAAUGUCAAGAACUAGAUCUGGACACUAUCCUGCCAGAUCAGGAGAUGCUGAUGAAACUAAUGAUUCACCCACUUCAGAUUCAGGCAAGUCUUUCUGAAAUUCACAGCAAUAUGUGGGUUAGAAAUGGUCUACAAAUUAAAGGACAGGCCAUGACUUACGUGCAGUCUCAUUUCUGCAAUUCAAUGAUUGAUCCUGACAUUUAUCUGCUGCAAGUCUGUGCCUCUAGACUGGACCCAGAUUAUUUUAUUUCAUCUGUUUUUGAAAGAUUUAAAGUGGUAGAUCUGUUAACGAUGGCUUCACAGCAUCAAAAUACAGUUCUGGACUCAGAGCAUGAAAGGUCCAUGCUGGAAGGAGCCUUAACAUUUUUGGUCCUUUUGUUAAGUCUUCGUUUACAUUUAGGAAUGACAGAUGAUGAGAUCCUCAGAGCAGAGAUGGUAGCCCAGCUGUGUAUGAAUGACAGGACACACAGUUCAUUAUUGGAUCUCAUUCCAGAAAAUCCUAAUCCUAAAAGUGGCAUUAUUCCAGGAAGUUUAAGCUUUGAAUCAGUCCUGUCAGCAGUUGCUGACUUUAAAGCCCCUGUUUUUGAGCCUGGAGGUUCCAUGCAACAAGGAAUGUACACACCUAAAGCUGAAGUUUGGGAUAAGGAAUUUGACCCUGUCAUGGUAAUACUUCGAACAGUUUACCGCAGAGAUGUGCAGUCUGCAAUGGACAGAUACACAGCAUUCUUGAAGCAAAGUGGCAAAUUCCCUGGAAACCCAUGGCCUCCUUACAAGAAGAGAACACCACUACACCCAAGUUACAGAGGUCUCAUAAAACUUCUGCACUGUAAAACUCUGCACAUUGUGCUCUUCACACUUCUUUACAAGAUAUUAAUGGAUCAUCAGAACUUAUCAGAGCAUGUGCUUUGCAUGGUUUUAUAUUUGAUUGAGCUGGGGUUGGAAAAUUCUCCUGAACAAGAAUCAGAUGAAGAGGAAACUGCAGGUGGACAAGAGCGUUGCCAUGAUAGUUGGUUUCCAGGCAGUAAUUUGGUUUCUAACAUGCGUCACUUCAUUAACUAUGUCCGAGUGAGAGUACCAGAAACUGCUCCUGAGGUGAAGAGAGAACCACCCGCAAGUACAAGUUCUGAUGGUUUAGCUUCAUCACAAAACUCAGGGACAGCUCAAGUGUUCAGUUUGGUCGCAGAACGUAGAAAGAAAUUUCAGGAGAUCAUCAAUCGGAACACCAGCGAGGCAAAUCAGGUGGUUCGGCCCAAAACAUCAAUGAAAUGGUCAGCACCUGGUGCAACUCCACAGUUAACCACAGCCAUUCUAGAAGUCAAGGAAAGCAUCCUGUCUUUGCUGAUUAAAUUGCAUCACAAACUCUCAGGAAAACAAAACUCUUACUAUCCCCCAUGGCUGGAUGAUGUGGAUGUUUUAAUCCACCCAGAAAUUCCGAGAUACGCUCAUGGAGAUGGAAUGACGGCAGUAGAAAGAAUUUUACUGAAAGCUGCUGUACAGAGCAGAUUGAAUAAACGUAUAAUUGAAGAGAUAUGCAGGAAGGUGACGCCUCCUGUACCACCAAAAAAGAUUAGUUCUGCAGAGAAGAAAACUUUGGAUAAAGAAGAAAGACGACAGAAGGCUAGAGAAAGGCAACAGAAACUGUUGGCCGAAUUUGCCUCGAGGCAGAAAAGCUUCAUGGAAACUGCCAUGGAUGUUGAAUCACCAGAUGCUGACAUUGCCAUGGAGGUAGCUACAUCCGAACAGCAUGUUUCUGAGGCAAUAUAUGACUGUGUUAUUUGUGGACAAAGUGGCCCUUCUACUGAAGACAGACCUACAGGGCUAGUUGUACUAUUACAGGCAUCCUCAGUGUUGGGGCAGUGCCGCAACAGCAGCGAGCCCAGGAGACUCCCCACCACGGAAGAGGAGCAGAUCUAUCCCUGGGACACGUGUGCGGCGCUGCACGACGUGAGGCUGACAACGCUGCAGCGAUACUUCAAAGAUAGUUCCUGCCUACAAGCAGUGUCAAUAGGCUGGGAAGGAGGUGUUUAUGUACAAACUUGUGGUCACACUUUACACAUAGAUUGUCACAAAUCUUACAUGGAAUCCUUACGGAAUGACCAAGUCCUCCAGGGUUUUUCAGUGGACAAAGGAGAAUUUACCUGUCCCCUGUGUAGGCAGUUUGCCAACAGCGUUCUUCCUUGUUAUCCUGGAAACAACAUGGAACGAAGCGUUUGGCAAAGUCACAGUAACAAGUGUAUGCAAGAUCUUGUGCAAGAGGUGGAAGAACUUCAAGAACAGCUGGGAACUUUCCCAGUAAGCAUCAGUUCUGAAACCAACCUCAGUAAAGAAAUGGAAUCUGUAAUGAAAGAUAUAAAAAGUACCACACAGAAGAAGUAUACAGAUUAUAGUAAGACUCCUGGAUCACCUGACAAUGAUUUCCUGUUUAUGUAUUCUGUAGCCAGAACAAACUUGGAACUUGAGCUGGUCCACCGAGGAGGAAAUUUGUGUUCAGGAGGUGCAAGCACAGCUGGGAAAAGAUCAUGUUUGAAUCAGCUGUUUCACGUGUUGGCCAUGCACAUGCGCCUCUACAGUAUAGACUCUGCAUACAAUCCCUGGAGGAAACUAACUCAGCUCUCGCAGGAUAAAAACUCAGAGCUGGUAAGUGAAGAACUGCCAGAGGUUCCUGUGCUUUACAGAGAUGUCUCAUCCCUUUUGCUUAUCCAGAUUUUAACCAUGCCUCAACCAUUGCACAGAGAACACUUCACCUGCAUUAUAAAAGUGCUUUUCACUUUAUUGUAUACUCAAGCCUUGGCAGCACUUUCUGUUAAAUGCAGUGCUGAAGAUAGGAUGGCAUGGAAAGAGUCGGGAGCUCUCAAAAAGAAUACAUCCAGUGGAGAAAAAUCUUGGGAAGUAUUGCUGGGUCAUGUGAUUAGUGAACUGUCUAAGGGGAAGAUAUAUGAAGAAGAAGAGACUGAAGAAUUCUCAGUGGUAAAUCCGGAUUCUGUAGAGUGCUAUCUGCAGCAGUUCUGCCUGCCUUUCCUCAGGAUCACAAGCCUUCUUCAACACCAUCUCUUUGGAGGGGAUUUGCCUAGUUGUCAGGAAGAUGAAGAAUUCACCGUUCUUGCAAGCUGCCUGGGUCUGUUACCAUCUUUUCAGUCAGCUCAUCAGUUCACCAGUGCCUCUUGUCUUGAUUGGCCAGUGCCAGCAUUUGACAUGACAUCACAGUGGUGCUCAGAACUGGCUUCAUUUGCAGGCAGACAUCCUGAUCAAGUAAAGGCUUUGCUUAUCCAGGAACCUAAGUGGGACUUGCCACGCCUCCUUCAGCUGCCUGAGAAUUACAAUACCAUUUUUCAGUAUUAUCACAGAAAAACUUGUUCUGUUUGUACCAAGGUUCCUAAAGAUCCUGCUGUUUGCUUAGUUUGUGGUACUUUUGUAUGCUUGAAAGGACUGUGCUGUAAACAACAGAGCUACUGUGAAUGUGUACUGCAUUCUCAAAACUGUGGAGCUGGGACAGGAAUAUUCCUUUUGAUUAACGCGUCUGUAAUCAUCAUCAUACGAGGCCAUCGUUUCUGCCUUUGGGGUUCUGUUUAUCUCGAUGCACAUGGUGAAGAAGACAGAGAUCUUAGACGUGGUAAACCCCUGUACAUAUGCAAGGAAAGAUACAAAGUGCUUGAACAGCAGUGGGUGUCUCAUACUUUUGAUCAUAUCAAUAAAAGAUGGGGGCCACAUUAUAAUGGCUUGUAAAUCAUCGUCAUCAUCACCUACACACCAUGUAACUGCUGUUACCAUGAAUGAAUGCAUCCUGACUGACAAUAGCUUUAACUGAAUGGGAGUUUAGCUCCUUGGCUCGGGGUGGAAGUGGGUAUGGGCAUAAAAGGGAAAUGGAACUUUGUCAACAUGUGUAAUUUGUGCAAAAUGACCUGUUGUUGCUACAAAAGAAUGAUACAAUAAUUGAAAUUAAAUCCUCAAAAUGGUGUGAGCAA